AUGCAUAUAAUCUCCCCGACUGCGGUUGUCGUAGGAGCCCUCAUCACCCUGGUCACAGGUGAUCCCCAGGGAUUUGAGGUCCUCAAAUUGCGCGUUUCUGAGGGUGCCGUGCCGCUGACCCUCGAUGGCCAGACCCUACUGCUCGAAGCUUCAUCCGGUACGAAUCGAAAGCAAUGGGAGGUGCAUUUCGAUGACGGAACCUAUCACUAUGUUGAACACAACGUCACCCUUGAGAUUGGCAAGUCCAAACUUUCGAACUUCACGUUCGGCUUGGUCAUUCACUUCCCAACUCCCUAUGUGAGAGCUCCUAUGGCAACAUUGGGUCUAUCAUUCGGUCGUCCCCGCAUUCCUGAGACGUUCCUAGAUCAACUGAAGAGGCGAGGUGUUAUAACAACCCUUUCAUACUCUGUUCACAUGAGUGAGGGAGGGCCUGGUAUAUCUGGCAAUCUCAUACUUGGUGGUCCAUCUAAGACGCUGAGCAGCUCGUCGUUCGUUGCUUUUAGUAGGAAUGUGCUCGUUGAGGGAGUGAAGAUAGCAGUCCCAGUGAGGACUUGCAAAGUCGUAGACUUUCGGGGGAAGAAACUCACCAACUCGCGCAAGAGCAAGUGGGCCGAGCCAGGUAUUCUGGAUACGGGAAAUACAGCGAUGUUGAUUGAAGAGGAUAAGUUCAAGGACAUCAUUGAUGUUACAUGGAAUAGGAUGGAGAAGUCAAAAGCACAUUCCCCUAUAGGAGAAAAGAAGCUCCUCCUCUGUAAGAGCGUCCCAUUGGAUGGAAAGGCGGUGUACCCACGGAUUAGGAGGGAGGCUCUUCCUUAUCUACCUAUUCUGGCAUUCCAAAUUGGGGAGGUACCUCAUCUCAUUGACAUUCACCUUGAGCCCAAACACUAUGUGAACUCCUGUGAAGGUACUUGCUGCAAUUUGGAUAUCUCUACUGUUAAUGAGUUCUUUCACCCACUCGUGUUGGGACAUCCUUUGUUCCGUGCCUACGAUGUGGAGUUCGAUCUCACGAAUAAGCGAGUGUACUUCUCUCAAGGUUGGAGAAAUUCCACGUCGUCGUUGCCUCCUGGGGAAUUAUUCAACACCAAGGAGGUGCUGCGAAAACUGCAAACUGAAAACGACUUUCUGCGAGAGAGUCGAAUUUGA